GGCAUUUAGAAAUGACAUGUAUGAGAAAGAGUACACUCCAACUCACCUGAGGUUUGCUCCCUGGCUAAUCGGCAUAAUGACUGGAUACAUCAUUAUCAACUGCAAGACUAAAAUGUCCAAGGCACAGGCAAGAACAGGCUGGGCCGUUUACUUCGCAAUCCUCUCACUGUUGAUUUCGAGCACUUUCUACUUGAAUAGCAGAAAUGCCCCCAACAAUAUCUACCUGAAUGCUGCCUACAAUGGACUCAGCAGUUCGCUCUGGGUCGUCUGUCUGGGCUGGAUCAUAUUCGCCUGUGAAAUGGGACAUGCAGGUGUCGUUAGGAAGUUCCUGAGCUGGCCCCUAUUCCAGCCUUUUAGCAGGAUAACAUACACCAUGUACCUUGUGGGUCCCAUACUGCAGUUUGGUAGUGUGGCUGUUAGGAGAUCCGUUCUGGCUAUGAACGCAAUGGAGAUUUACAAGAAUUUGGCAGGAGAAAUACUUUUGAUUCUUGUAAUUGUUCCUAUGUAUUCCAUGUUUUUUGAGGCGCCUUUCAUUCAAAUAAACAAGAUGAUGAUGCAUCAAGGUUCCAAAAAAAUACCUCAAUCGGAUGAAAGUAACAAAAAAUACGACCACAUAGUGGACAACAACAACUUAGAAUUAGAUACAGUAAAAUAAUUAAGUAGUAUAAAAAAUAGUUAAAAACUGACUGUUGAAUACUUUUUUACUAUGUGAAUCAUAAAUAUAUUAUUUUCCUUGGUUUAUUGACUGUAUCUUGAU